AUGUAUCCAUUUAGCAAUCAUAGAUUACGAACGCGAGAAUCCGACUCGAUUAUUGUCAUAAGAUUUGUCCUGCGAGAUCUUGAUCGCCAACUUGAACAAUUACAAAAAAUACAAGCUGGCUCAGUAUCAUUCAACAAUUUCUCAUCGAUAGCUGAUAAUCGCGACGUGACAAGCGCAUUUGCUGAAAGUAUUAUGACUGGUAGUAACAUCUAUGGAAUUGUAUUCGAAUUAACGAUUGACACAUCGAAAAGAACAGUUUCAUUUGCGAAUGUGAAACUUCUGAGUAAUUUCAGCGACGAGAACGAAAUCUUAUUUUCAAUACCUCUCAAUCGUCACUUGUUGGCUAUCUUUCAUCUCAGAACAGGCCGAACACCUCUGAACACGAGCAAAUUCUCCAAAGCAUUUUCAUCAUAUGAAGAAGCAUUGAAGCUUCUACAAAAUCUACUUCUGUCAAAUCAUCCAGAUUUAGCUCUUUCACAUUUGAUUUUAGGCACGCCUUCCCGAACUGCUAGUAAAUUUUCCGAACCACUUACAUUCUGCGAAAAAGGCCUAGAAAUACUCUUGAAAAUUCAUCUUGGCAACCAUCUGAAUGUAGCAGUCGUAUACGACCAUUUUGGAUCAUAUUAUACAGCAAUCAAAGACUAUUCCGAAGCAUGUUUGUCUUAUGAAAAGUGUCUUGAAAUCUAUGAAACGACACAAUACCCAAAUUAUUCAACGUUAGGCGCUGCUUACAAUAACAUUGGUAUGAUGUAUUGUUCCAUGAAGCAGUAUUCGACCGCAUUUGGUUAUUAUUUUACAUCACUUCAAGUAAAUGCACAAACACAUCCGGUCAAUUAG